GUCAAAACGGUCUCGAAGUUGAAAACCAUCAGCCAUCGUCGAUUGAACCCGCGAACUUCAGUUUGUAAACAUUCUCCGCGUGAGUCGGUUCAGUUUUUCCGGCUUUUCCGAUAAAUUUCGGCUAGAUUUGGAAAUGAUUGAUGACCAUGGCUCCGAAUAUGCUGUACCUUGCGAUUAUUAAUGAUAGCAGAACUGGGUUUUCUUUUGCUGUGUAUUGACUGUACUUUCGCGACAUCAUGUGUAUGAGGAUCGACAUGUACAUUUUUAAAGGAUAGUAGAAAAUGGAAAAAUACGAACAUUUGGCAAUCGUUGGCGAAGGUUCUUAUGGCUUGGUGAUGAAAUGUAGACAUCGGGAAACCGAUCAAAUUGUAGCUAUUAAGAAAUUUCUGGAGACUGAAGAAGAUGCCACAAUCAGAAAAAUGGCGCUUAGGGAAAUUCGAAUGCUUAAGAGACUGAAACAUGAAAAUCUGGUAGCGAUGAUAGAGGUCUUUAGGCAUAAAAAACGGUUUCACUUAGUAUUUGAAUAUUUAGAAGGUACCGUAUUGGAUGAACUGGACAAGAUGCCGGGAGGAUUGGGCGAAGAACGAUGUAGGCAAAGGAUAUUCCAGGUGACCAGGGGAAUUAAUUACUGUCAUAGCAAUCAUAUUGUACAUAGAGAUGUCAAACCAGAAAACGUCCUGGUGUCUUCACUAGGUGUUGUAAAAUUAUGUGAUUUCGGUUUUGCGAGGUUAAUCAGUUCCACGGGAGAGGCUUGUACUGAGUAUGUGGCUACCCGAUGGUACCGAGCUCCGGAGCUUCUUGUAGCUGAACCCCAUUACGGUACUCCGAUAGAUAUAUGGUCGAUUGGAUGCUUGUUCGCUGAGAUGAUGACUGGAGAUCCUCUGUUUCCAGGAAAUAGUGAUAUUGAUCAGUUUUAUUUGAUUGUUAAAAUGAUGGGAAAACCAUGUUCCAGACACCAACAUUUACUAUCAAAGAACUCUAAACUUAGAACGUCAGUCAAAUUUCCUACGGAAGAAAGCAUAGGUUUGUACAAACACUUCGAAUCCUGGCCAACGCUUACUAUAGAGUUCCUAGAGAGUUGUAUGAAGAUGGAUCCUCAGCAGCGACUGACGGCUGAUGAGCUCCUUAAGCACAGCUUCUUCACCCACGACAUGUUCCCCCAGAGGUUCUUGCCAGCUUUGAGAGAGAAGGUCAAUGUCGAACUGAACAAUCCGCUCUUGAGGAAGUACAAGACUGAGAUACUUAUGUCUACGGAUAAGAGAGACGAGGUGAGGAGGAAACCAAGCAGAGACUCGAAAUGGAGGUUUUCGCUUACAGAAGGCACGAUGAAGAGAAAACUGAGUAACGGAGAUGGAACAGUAAACGAGAAUUUCAACGACAAAAAUUUGAUAACUUUGGCUGAAACUGCGCAACGAUUGAAUGUGUUACAGCAAAGGCCCAGUCAAGGUGUGCUGAUUUCCAAAGAUCGUGGAGCGAAGAUCAGUCAUAGCAGCAAUAAUGCUUCGGAAAUUCAAAUGCUCGAAAAGUCACUUGAAAGUUUGGCCAAAUUCAGUUCCAGACAGGAACAACAAAAGGAUGAGCUGUCCGAUUCCCCUCAGUUUCAGAAUUUAGAUUAUGGGGACUUCAAUCGAUCACCGCAGUCACACUUGAUCCUACACCCCACUAUUAAUAAUAUUAGUUUUAAUAAAGAUCCCCCAAAGAAAUCGCCAAACGUACUACAAAGUAUUAACAACUUGACAACCAAGCCCACGCAGGUACCUCUUCUGACCAAUCCGAGAACUCAAUUUCUCAAGAAGUUAGAAAGAAACGCAGUUGUUGAUAAUAUAUUUGCCACCGGCGACCAUAGUAACCCAUAUGAUAACACACCAAUUUGGUAUAAUAGUUUUACCUCUAGCUUACUGAAAAAGAAAGAAGUCAAAACGAAACCUGAUGAUUUUGUGCUACCUAAUCUACCAGGAGCUACAAAUAGCCUUUUAAGGAGUAAAAAAAGAACGUCACCAGAGAAGUCUCUACCUCUUUCGAACGAUAUAACAGCGGUAAGAAAAUUAUUGUAUAGAGGAUUCACUCUUCAUCAUCGCUCAAAUCAUCUUCUUCAAAGAUUUAAACCUUCAACUCAAUAACAAUCUCUAGAACAUUAAAUCUUAGAUGUAUAUUAGCAUAAAGGUUCUAGAAAUAAAAUAGUGAGCAUUUUUUCAGGGUGACAAGGCGAGAGUAAAGAGGAAAAGAAAAUACUUUGAUAUCUGUCUGCCGUGCAUAUUCAAGGAUCAUGGUAAUCCCAUUUACUGACAGCUGUAUGUUGCUUAUGGUCUUGUUUAUUAUAUUAUUUUAAUUAUCAUACUGAUUUUAUACUAUUAGUGAUGAAUAAACUAUCUAUUUUAGUA